AAAUGAUAAAUAAUCAUUAGUUUCAAAAAUAUAUUUACUAUAAUACAAGAUUAUACUUAUUUAAAGUAGUUAAACAAGAUGGCAAUUUUCAUACAUGAUAUGAGUUGAAUGCUUGUCCUCCGAUUAUAAAAUGUAUAUAAUAUUUGUAUAAAUAUUUGAACAAUAUAACUUAAUAAUGAAGAUUACAAAACUAUUUUGUAGAAGACUGUUGGUUUAUUACAAAAAUCAUGUAAUGUUUAGAAAUGUUACAGUUCGACAUGCUUCGACUGGCGUAAAUUUAUUUUCGAACGAAACAGUUUCAAAUUCAAUGAAGAAAGAUAUAGAAAGAUAUUGGAAAGAUAAAAUUAAUUUACAUAAAUUUGAUGAAACAGACAGUACAAGAGAGAAAUUUUAUGUAUUAUCAAUGUUUCCGUAUCCUUCUGGAUUACUUCAUAUGGGUCACAUAAGAGUUUAUACAAUAAGUGAUGCUGUUGCUAGAUUUUAUAGAAUGAAAGGAUAUAAUGUUCUUCACCCAAUGGGAUGGGAUGCUUUUGGAUUACCUGCUGAAAAUGCAGCUAUUGAAAAACAAAUUGAUCCUGACAAAUGGACAAGAGAAAAUAUUGAAAAAAUGCAAAAUCAAUUAAGCUUGUUAAACUAUGCCUUCGAUUGGGAUAGAGAAAUUUGUACAUGUAAUCCAGAAUAUUACAAAUGGACACAAGAGUUAUUUUUGAAGCUAUAUGAGAAAGGUUUUGUUUAUCAGAAAGAAGCAUUUGUUAAUUGGGAUCCUGUUGAUGAAACUGUAUUGGCAGAGGAACAAGUUGAUCCAAAUAAUUGUUCAUGGAGAUCAGGUGCUAAAGUUGAAAAGAGGCUGUUAAAUCAAUGGUUUAUUAGAACCACACCAUUUGCUAAGUCAUUAUUUGAUGGUUUAAAGAACCCAACAUUGAAACAAUGGGGAGACAUUAAAAAGAUACAAAAAAAUUGGAUAGGUGAAUGUAAUGGAACUAGUUUUGAAUUGCAAUUGGUAACAGAUAUUCCAAAUUAUCCGAAAACAAUCAAUGUUUGGACUGAUAUUCCAGAAUAUAUCGAAUAUGCAAAAUUUGUUGCAAUUCGCUCAAGUAGUUUAUUAAAUAGAGCGGAACAUUGCCAUAACGUGGAUGAAGAAAUUAAAGCAUUAGAUGCCAAAGUAUUAAAUCCAUUCAAUGGAGAAGAACUACCAAUAUUUGUGACAGAUAAAGUUUCAUUUCAACCUUUCAGAGAUACUUACAUUGGUAUACCGUCUGCUUCGAUGGAUGAUUAUCAGUUUUCCGAAACUGUCGGUAUUGAAUUUCAACGACAUUCGGUAAGAAGUUCUGAAGAACAGCAAUCCAAACGCGCGGAAGUAUUAUCGAAAGCACAAAAAUGGAAAAUUGGUGGAUAUUUAGUUAGCUCGAGAUUACAGGAUUGGCUAAUAUCUAGACAAAGGUAUUGGGGUACACCAAUUCCAAUUAUUCAUUGCUCAAAUUGUGGUGCUCAACCAGUACCAAGAGACCAACUUCCUAUACUUUUGCCAAAAGUGAAAUUGUUAAAUAAAAAGUCUACAUUGAACGAAGCUAAAGAUUGGUUAAAUACCUCUUGUCCGAAAUGUGGAGACCAAGCACUUAGGGAAAUGGAUACUAUGGACACGUUUGUAGAUAGUUCGUGGUAUUUUUUGAGAUACAUUGAUCCAAAAAAUACAGAAAAUAUGUUUUCAAUCGAUAAAGUAAAGAAACUGUUUCCUGUUGAUCUUUAUAUAGGUGGAAAAGAACAUGCUGUACUGCAUUUAUACUAUGCCAGAUUUAUAAGUCAUUUUCUACAUUCGGAAAACUUGAUACCUACUCAAGAACCAUUUAAACAAUUGCUCGUGCAAGGUAUGGUAAUGGGUAAGACCUAUCAAGUACAGAAUACAGGAAAAUAUUUAAAUGCGAACGAAGUAGAAAAAGUGGGAGAGCAAUAUGUAGAAAAGAGUACCAAAGAAUUAGUGAAUGUUACAUGGGAAAAAAUGUCUAAAUCAAAGCACAAUGGUGUUGAUCCUCUCGAAUUAUUAAACACGCAUGGAAUUGAUACAACUAGAUUGCUAAUACUGGCUGAUGUUGCACCAACUUCGACUAGAAAUUGGAGCGAUGAUACCAUUCCGGGAAUAAUCAAUUGGCAAAAUCGUUUGUGGAAAACAGUGAAAACGUUUAUAGACUAUCGUAAUAACGUAACGAUGGAAGAACUCGGUGAAAUACCCACUAAUUCCAAAUUUAUUGACGAUGAUGCGUAUAUGUUUGAUAGUCGUAAUUAUUUUUUAAAAGCUGUAACUUUUAAUAUAAUUUAUUCCCAGCAAUUAAGCGUUGCAAUAUCAAGAAUGCAAGGUCUUACAAACAGCUUGCGCAAAGUUUCUCAAGACUGUUUGAGAAAAAGCCGUGAAUUCGAACGCGCAUUAGCAGUUCAAAUUAUAAUGCUUGCACCAUUGGCACCGCAUUUUGCUUCAGAAUUGUGGGCUGCAUUUUGUUCAGCGAAAUAUCAUCUUAUAAAUGAAAAUGAAGUCAAAUUAAAUAAAAAUGUUAUGGAACAAAAUUGGCCGGAAAUAGACAUGGAAUAUAACAUGGAAAUGAAAAUCAGUAUAAAUGGAAUAUGUUACAAAAAGAUGAAGAUACCUAGAUACAAACUGGAGAAAUUACAAAUCGACGCCGCCUUUGACUUAGCAGUGAAUGAACCAUCCAUCCAGAAACGUUUGAAAAAUCGGAAGAUUGUCGACACUAAAUUUUUUUCAAGGGUAGGCUGUGAUGCAACAAUGAAUAUUUUAACAAAAAAAUGUACAGAAUCUCUAGCAUCGUAA